GUGAAACAACACGGUGGUUUGACGGCGAUUGGAGAAGCUCACGGUGGGCUUUCUGCGGCACAACUAAGAAUCAGCACCGGUGUAAGGCCUUGGAUGUCCGAGGGCUUGCGAUUAUUCUGCUCGAAGUUGUUAAAGCGCUUUACGAAGAUGGCGGGGCGCAACUAUAACGACUAUAGACAUGAUUAUCGUCGCGGACUAUGUGGUCACCGAAGUGGUGACUAUAGAAGACAAGGAGGUACUGGCGAACGAUCGGUGGAAGGACAUAGAGAUCGCACGUGGGAGCAUGGUACAUCCAGUCAGUCAGAUAGGAACGAUGAGCCGCCACGAUGUUUCGUUCCUGUGUGUUACGAAUGUGGAGAGUCAGGCCACUAUCGGAAUCAGUGCCCGAAGCUCGGAGGUGAGGGUGGUACGAGGUACGCUGGUCAGCAGGGACGCUCGUUGUCCCCUAGGCAACACGUUCGAAUGCCAACACCGAAAGCAACGUCGGAGGACCCGGCAAUGAAGAAAUUGAUCAAGGAACUGGCGGCAUCAAUAGCCACGAUGAAGGAGGGUUUCGAUGUUGUUAAGGCCGAGAAAGAAGAGAAACAAAAACGGAAGAUGGAGAAGCAGUCUCAAUUAGAGCGCGAGAAGGAAGAAAGGCAAGCAGCAGAAGAAGCACGCCAAGCCGUGAUUCGAAAGGCGAAACGGAAGGAGGAUAAGAAGAAGAGGGAGGAAGAGCAGAAGGAAGCCUUGAGAAAAGAGAUGUUGAUGGAAAUCUCGCCACAUAUGGGCGAAAUCGGCGAAUCUUUACAGGAGAGAUACGAACGGGAGGAGAGGAGGAGGGUCAAAGGCAAACUUGAAGCGAGAGUUACAGAGCAUCUUCUUAUUAGUGAGAAACGCAAACGGGGUGAGGACAAUGCUGUUGGUGACAGUCCGCCAAUGGAGACACCUGCAAAGAGAACGGCGAAGCGGAAGCUGCAACUUGGUUGUAGACAUCAGCCGAUGAAGAAGACCCCGCAGCACAAGACUCCAACCCCUGGCCGAAGGAAGAUUCCGGCAGCACCAGGGUUGGUUGGUAAAUUGAAGUUCGUAACUGAGAACCUUCGGAUGCUGGGGAAUCUCAACGUUGAAGAACUCAAACGUAUCUGUCAAGAUGAAGAUGUCAUCUAUGAUGGGAAGAAGAUGCAAGCCAUCCUGGUUAUUACCGAGAAACGGACAUGGGUCGCAUAUCAUGAAGAGGAGAAGCAGAAUGUUGCAACGGAAGAGGUCGGUGAUACUAAAGGAGACGAUGGAGAUGCUGAUGACGAUGCAGGUAGUGGUUCGUGAGCACCACGUAAACUUUGGGUCAUAUGUGGACGCCUUAUUGAAUUACGGAGGUUAGACAUCUA